UCCAUGGCGCGCGCUCAGUGACAUUUGGCGCUGGAGUGUGUUCCCUUGACAUGAACAUUUGCAGACAGUGGAAUAACUUUUUAAUGAUCUUGUUUUACAUAUAUCGUUUAGCAUUUUAUGGAUAAUAAUGUCGGAUGAAGAACCGAAGGUCCCAGAAGAGCUCUUCAAAGAUGUUAAAUUCUACGUGGUCGGGGACAUUGACCAAAAGGUUGUUCAGCUGCUGAAAGCGGGGAAAGGAAAGGAGGUCUCCUACAAUGCCUUGGCUACACACAUCAUAGCAGAGGAUGGGGAUAACCCAGAGGUUGGGGAGUCACGAGAAGUCUUUGACCUUCCAGUUGUCAAGCCGUCUUGGGUGACUUUGUCCGUAAGAUGUGGAGACCUGCUACCAGUUACAGGAUUCUCCCCAGAGUCGGGACAAAUAUUCUUCGGUGUCACGGCAUGUCUGCCAAAGCUACCAGAUGAUCUCAACACUCUUUGGGCCUUGAUCACAUUUUAUGGCGGUGACUGUCAACUCAACCUAAACAAGAAAUGCACUCACCUGAUUGUUCCAGAGCCAAAAGGGGAAAAGUACGAGGUCGCCCUGAAGCACAGCAGUAUCAAAAUAGUCACGCCGGAGUGGAUCACAAACUCAGCGUUGGACAAGAGCAGGAAGGACGAGGCUCUGUACCACCCCCGGCUGACCUACCAGGAGGUGGAAGAGGAUGAGGAGAGUGAGUAUGAGUCGCUCUCCGAGGGCAGUUACAGCCCCCCAGGCCCCAGGUCCCGGAGAUCCAGCUCAUCCUCAAGAGAAGACUCCCCUGCUAGUGGCAGAGGAGGGACCUCGCCCAAAGCCCAGCGACGAGACGAGCUCAUGUUCGACGACUCGGACGACUCUUCCACGGAGAAGGAAGAACGGAACCUGAACUGGACCCCAGUAGAGAUUACCGGGCCCACCCCGGGUCCCAAACGCAGAUUGCAGCCAGGGAAGGACUCUGGCCUGAUCAACCUCUGUGCCAGCGUGCCCCCUGUGCCGGGCAGUGCAGGACCACCAGACGCCCGGGCUACCCUGGGACCCAGUGGUGCCCAGCCGGGGGCAGAGAGGCCAGAGGGCAUGGCAGGCUGGAGCCCAGCGGCCAGGACGCUACGGAACAUCACCAACAACUCUGACAUCCAGCAGACCACCAGACCCUCCAAUGUUGCACAUAUCCUACAGUCUCUCUCUGCCGCAACAAAGACAUUGGAACAGCAGCAACAAACGAACCAGGGCCAGCCCAACGUCCAACCCAACCCGCUCCUGUUCAACCAAGCCAAGCCCCAAGGUCAGCAGCAGCUCACAGCCGAAGCACAGCAGCAGUUACUGCAGCAGCAGUCCCAUCAGGUCCCCCAACAGCCACAACAACAGCCACAACAACAACACCCACCACAGCAGCUGCCACAGCAGCAGCACCCCAUGCUUCAGCAUCCCCCACCACAGCAACUCAUGCAGUUGCACCAACAGCAGGUUCCUCAACAUGGUUUCCCUCCUCAGUUGCCACAACAACAGGCCCAUCAAUUCAUCCAGCAGCAGCAGAAGCAGCCACAACAACAGCAGAUCCACCAACAACAGAUCUUCACCCAGCCACAACAACAGCAACCUCCACAUGCAUUCUCGCAGCAACAACUGCGACCGCAGCAGCUCCCCCGGCCUCCCAUACAGCAGCAGCAUGCUUUACAACAGCAGUUACAGCAGCACCGGCUCCAGUUACAGCUCCAACAGAACCAGCAGCAGCAGCAGCAGCAGCAACUCCAUCAACAACACCUCCAACAGCAGCAGCAUUUCCUGCAGCAACAGAUGCAGCAGCAGGACAUGCAGCAGCUUCAACAGCAGCAGCAGCAUCUCCAGAGCCAGCAGCAGUCGCUGCAGCAGCAUCCGAGCCAGCAGCCGCAGCAGCAGCAGCAAGGAUCACUACAGCCUCAGCUCCAGCCUCCUCAGGUGCACCAGCUGUUUGGCCACGAGCCAGGCCAAGAGAUUCCAGAAGAUGGCUUCUUGGUGGGCUGUGUGUUUGCUAUCGCUGACUACCAAGAGCAGAUGGCAGACAAGCAGCUCCUAGCCACGUGGAAGAGAAUUAUCCAGGCCUAUGGUGGAAUUGUGGACUCCUCUCUCAACAACCGCUGCACACACCUGCUCUGUGAAACUCAAGUCAGCAGCAUGUAUGUCCAGGCCCUUCGGGAGGGGAGGCGCUGUGUCACUGCCCACUGGCUGAACACCAUCCUGAAGAAGAAGAAGAUGGUUCCUCCUCACAGAACCCUACACCUCCCCUUCGCCUUCCCACCUGGAGCCAAGCCAUGCUCACAACACAUCAUCUCCGUAACUGGCUUUGUGGACUCGGACCGUGAUGACCUGAAGCUGAUGGCCUACCUGACAGGAGCCAGAUACACAGGCUACCUCUGUCGUAGCAACACCGUUCUUAUCUGUAAAGAGCCCAGUGGUCUGAAGUAUGAGAAGGCCAAGGAGUGGAGGAUCCCCUGCGUCAACGCCCAGUGGCUCUGUGACAUUCUCCUGGGGAACUUUGAGGUCCUCCGGCAGGUCCAGCACAGCAGAUACUCCAACUUCAACCUGCAGGAACCACUCAUCCCCAACCAGCAUCUGGUUCAGAACCUACUGGGUGCUUGGCGGGCUCCUGUGAAGGUUUCACCUGGUGCGUUGGCGGCAUUGCAGAUGCAACAGAAGCAGAAACGGUCUGAAUCAAACUCCCUGCAUCCAAAUAAGAAGCCAAGACUUGAGGAGAUCGAAGCCCCAACCAAGAAGCUUCCACCAGAAUCCACACCGUACAUUUUCUUCACUGGCUUUGAGCCAACACAGGUCCAACAAUUCAUGAAGAGGCUGCACAACCUUGGAGGGGAAAUCGCAGAGAGUGCUCAGAAGUGCACACAUCUGGUGGCCAACAAGGUGACGAGGACGGUGAAGUUCCUCACGGCAAUGUCCAUUGUCAAGCACAUAAUCACCCCUGAGUGGUUAGAAGAGAGCUGGAAGAGCAAGAAGUUUGUUGAUGAGCAGAACUACAUGCUGAGAGAUGCAGAGGCAGAGGUGCUGUUCGGCUUCAGUCUGGAAGAGUCACUGAAGAGGGCCCACACUGCACCACUCUUCAAGGGCAAGUAUUUCUAUAUUACCCCUGGGAUCUGUCCCAGCCUUACUACUAUGAAAGCCAUCAUAGAGAGCGCAGGAGGCAAGGUGCUCCCCAAGCAGCCCUCCUUCCGCAAAAUAAUGGAGCACAAGCAGAACAAGUACCUUCCUGAGAUCAUCCUGAUAUCCUGUGAGAAUGAUCUUCAUCUAUGUAGAGAUUACUUCUUGAAGAACAUUGACAUUCACAAUGCUGAGUUUAUAUUGACUGGAGUAUUGACACAGAACUUGGAUUAUGAAUCAAAUAAAUUCACAUGAUGGCAAAGACCAAGGAGGAGAAGACAAGAUCGACAGGUCCUGUACUGGAGGAAAUGAUGAAGGCUGAAACAAGUUGCAAUGUACAGUCACACUGCUCUUGAUAUUUUUUACCCUGUGAAUAGAUCAUUGUCGUUUUGUAGCUUUUUGUAACAAUCGUUAAUAAUACAUACAGAAAUUGAUGUUAUUUUUGUGGACUGAAUGUUUAAAUUAUGGAUUGGUUUUAAUUUUUUAAAAUUGUAUUGUUAAAAGGUUCCAGCAAUUAUUCAACACUUUUGGAAUAAAAUCAGAACUUUGUUGUCAAAA